GGCAACUUAUUCGGCUUCAGUGCCAAGGUAUGCCGUAUGUCGCAGAAAAUAGGUCAUUAUGGAAGAAAUAGGCUUUGGGAGAUUUCUAUUUUUGUUGACUUACAUUUUCCUCUUACUUUUAUAUUUAUAAUUAUUUCCUCCCGAACAUUUCAGUUAUUUUUUAUUGUAUGGUGCUAUGUGCUAUGUUAGAUUCAAACUUGAAAUUACUUUUUUUUAAGGAAGUCCGUUUUUUUAGGUAUCGGAAUUCUAUUUUCUUCUACUACAACUAUUUUUCAUUGAGCGAACCUUUAUAUGCUGGACUUAAACUGAACUUAUUUUUCAUAAAGACCUAAAACGCACGUCUCGUCACAACUUAAUAAUCAAAUUACUAUAUGGCUAAAGGUUUUUCAUUGGUCAUUAUGAACUAAAAACCUAGAUAUUUAUUGACGUUUGAUGUCCUAUUCCAAGUGUAGUAUGCCAUGCUAACCACCAACACUCACAGUACAGUUCGUUCCCGGCUACCCAACAAGUCGGACGCAAUAUGUAAAGCCGAAAGUCUAGCAAGCAAAUCCGUCUUGCUGUUACUAAGGCAACGAAUACGACAUUUUGCGUCGAGAUAAAAAAGGUGCUUGGAAAUUUUUUGAAACCCUCUCAACGCCCCUCAAAAGUCCUCAAGAUGACCGAUCCAAAACUCAAGAAUGCGAUUCUGUGGCUGACUGAUCUAUUGGCGAAGCCGCACGGACGCCGGAGUCUUCUUCGAUGGCUUCGUUCCAGUAAAACUUUCAAACCGAAGAAGAAUAUUCCCGAGGGCACCCAUCAGUAUGAUUUGAUGAAACAUGCCGCUGCCACGCUCGGAUCGGGCAACCUACGUAAUGCCGUACAGCUACCGGACGGAGAAGAUCUCAAUGAGUGGGUCGCUGUCAACACUGUGGACUUUUUCAACCAGAUCAACAUGCUGUACGGAACGAUUACGGAGUUUUGCACCGAAGACUCGUGUAGUAUCAUGUCCGCGGGGCCGAAGUACGAGUACCACUGGGCGGAUGGCCAAACGGUGAAGAAACCGAUCAAGUGCAGUGCGCCCAAGUACAUCGAUUACCUGAUGACAUGGGUGCAGGAUCAGCUGGACGACGAAACGCUGUUCCCGUCGAAGAUUGGCGUUCCCUUCCCAAAAAACUUUAUUCAAAUUGCGAAAACGAUUCUGAAGCGACUGUUCCGGGUGUACGCCCACAUUUAUCAUCAGCACUUUUCCGAGGUAGUUCGGCUGAGCGAAGAGGCCCACUUGAACACGUCGUUCAAGCAUUUUAUUUAUUUUGUACAGGAGUUCAAUCUCAUUGAUCGGAGAGAACUCGCCCCACUGCAGGAUUUGAUUGAUAAACUUAUCACGAAAGAUGGCCGAUAAGUCGACCGCAAAGCCGCGAGCUAACAUCAUGAACAUCAGAAUAUUGUUUUUAAUUAGCGAUAUCACCCAAACGAUAUACUGUAAUAUUUUACAUGGUUUUUACAAUCAUCUACUCAUUUCUCGACUCAACAGAAAUAUUUCCUAUGUUUGUACGUUGGUUCGCGAAAGAAUUGAGCACUUCGUCCACUAUUUCACAUUUAUGUUUAGUUAUUUAAUGUGUUAUUUUUAGUUUACGAUACUUUUAAAGCGAUAAAAAAAUGUUAUUUUGUGAAUAUACGAAACAAAAACCCUUUAAGCAAGAUACACAGCAACAAUUCACAAUACAUUUGUAAAUAUUUAUUUGAGACAACAUACACGAGAUCAUCCCGGCUAGGAGGAGAACUUACUUUGAAAGUAAAGCAACAGUUCACGCUCACGCGCGCAAUGCAAUAACAACAGGGUGCCGUCAAGGUGUCAGUCCAAUUCAUUUCGUCAUGCGUCUAUUUUGAUUAAACUCUCAAAUCUCAAACCUUUGUAACUCAUGCUUCUUUGCUCGAGGUGUAGUCUGCCUGCGGUAGUAGUAAUAGCAUUUUCAGUAGCAUUUUAGGUUCAAAGCGUUCUGCAAAACGGUUUGCCCUGCCUUGCUAGUGAUCUCACAAUAAUUGCCUAUUUAUUCAUACUAGAUGGUCUUUGGCAAGUAUCACUGAACCACACAAACACACACACAAAUACACCCACAAUAAAUUCUAAAUGCUCCUUACAUGACUGCAAAGAUCACCAACAGAGGCAUUAUUACGAACUAAUAACAGCUACAUUUAUACAAGUGUAAACGAAUCAAAUUGCAUGAUUUGAUGUACGACGACUGAUAAUUAAAUAUGAAAUGGAAUUAUAAAUUUGUAAAAAAUAAAAGCAAAACAA